AUGGCCACCCCCAAUGUUCUCACUUUUGACGCUGAGGGGAGGGCCAUUGACUUUGCCGUCUGGAUCGAGGACCUGCAGCUGUACUUACUGUGUGAUGCGGUAGAUGAGGUCUCUCUCUUUGACUUUGUCUCUGGCGCUGUCCCUGCCCCGCCUGCUGAUGCUGACUCUGCCGUUCGCUCCAAGUGGGCGACCCGCGAUGCUGCUGCACGUCUUGCUGUGCGUCGCCACCUCCCUUCCUCUGAGCGUGCCCACUUUAGUCAGUGCAAGACCGCUCAGGCCUUGUACGACGCUGUAGUUGCGCGCUACUCCUCCCCUUCCUCCGCUACCCUUAGCCGCCUCAUGCUACCGUUUCUCUUCCCUGACCUCGCUUCCUUUCCCACUGUCGCUGACCUCGUUACCCACCUCCGCGCUAGUGACACCCGCUACCGCGCUGCCCUUCCUGCUGAGUUCCGCGCUGCGAACCCUCCUCCCAUGUACAUCACUCUCUACUUUCUCGUCACCCGUCUCCCUGAGUCCCUUCGUGUCGUUAGGGACCAGUUUCUCUCUGUCUGUCCCACCACUCUCACUGGGUGUGGUCCCUCCCCCCUGCUGCCCUCUGUCGCCUCUGCCGCUGCGGCCGACCUCGUUGGUUUUGAGUCGGUCGGCGCGGCGUCUGCCCCCAGUGGCAGACGCCGCACUGGCAAGGGCAAGGGGGGCAAGGGAGCGGGUGGAGCCAGAGGGGGCGGUGGAGGAGGCGGUGGGGGUGGAGGGGGGAGUGGGGGUGGCGGGGGGGGUGGUGGCGGGAGUGGAGGUAGUAGUGGCGGCGGUGGAGGCGGAGGUGGCGGCGGAGGUGGUAGCGGAGGAGGCGGUGGGAGCGGUGGGAGCGACGGUCCUGGUGGGGGAGGUGGCGGUGGCGACGGGGGUGGCGGUGGAGGCGGGGGUGGCGGUGGAGGAGGGGGUCGGAGUGGCUCGUCCCAGCGGAGCAGCUCUGGGGGUGGUCAGCGCCAGCAGCAGCAGCAGCAGCAGCAGCCGCAGCAGCAGCCGCAGCAGCAGCAGCGCUCUCGCACCGUCCCCGGCCCUCAGCAGCUCCGUGAGUGGUACUAG